AUGCCUUCAAAGAUUCUCAAUUAUAUCCCGUCACGGGCAAACCCAUCUUGUCAAGUCGAAAUUGACAUUCACGGCCACUACGAGUCCAAAGUCUAUACUACGGGAUCUACAGUCCAGGGUUUCAUUAGACUCACAUCCCGGAACAAAACUCCGUUUCAGUCCAUCCAAGUCAAUUUCAGAGGCACAGCUUCAACCCGCCAAGCGUUUCAGUAUGGGACGCCCUUUACAACGCAUGCAUUUAUGAACAUCUCUAUAUCGAUUCUUGAAGACUUUUUUCCCACUGGUCAUGUCCUUGAAGCUGGAGAGUCGCACAGCAUUCCGUUCAUAUUUGAGAUCCCCAGCGAUCUUUCCUCCAAUGCUUGCAGUCAUCAAAACACAGCCGUGAGGGAACGCCAUUUACUUCCACCACCUAGCCUCGGGUCAUGGAUGAAAAGCGAUCUCACGGAUGGCUCGACAUAUGUUGAUUAUGGCAUUCGUGCGCGACUUGUGCUCGGAAACGAUGGCUUUGCGGAAGAAAGAUUUGUCGAUCAGAACAUUUCUCUCAAAGUCAUUCCUAUGCUUCCUGAACAACCGCCCAUCAGCAUUUCCACCUUCAACUCGCAAUACUGCUUAUUUCAGACAAAAACGAUAAGACGAAAUCUAGUUGGUGCCAAAGAAGGAAUUCUCAGAGUUUCAACUAGGCAGCCUAGACAAAUGACAUUGAAUCUGGAUCACCUUCAGGCAUCAGAAUCUCAACUAGCGAUCGAUCUUGAAUACAUUCCUCUGUCAACAAGGCGCACACCACCGGAUAUUCGCAUCAAAUCAGCAGUCAUUGAGACUGUUACAAGCUUUUCGGUUGGCCGCGUCGGUUAUCUACCCGAUCAGGAUGACACAAUGCCAAGCAGUAUCUCUGGGGUAGCUCCAUGGGUAGCUUCACAUCCUCUAGUUCUACAAGGAGCGAGAGAAGUGAAUUGGGAGAAAGUCGCAGAUACCAAUCCUUUCGCAGAACCAGAAAGAAGAGCUUCAGAGCCAAUUCAAGUUGCUCCAGACACUGCUAGAACGCAGACACCACCAAGCACAACUCGGAGUUCCAUCGAUAAGGACUACAGCCAAUCGGAAACUCUUAUCUACAGGGCCACUAUAACACAGCCUUUCGUACUCCCUACAGAGAAAUUGUUAUUUCUUCCGACGUUCCAUUCGUGUAUGGUUAGCAGAACCUACCGAAUUCGAAUUACUCUAGCUACCCGGGCGCAUGGCACCACGGUUUCUCUUGUUGUACCAUUCCAGAUAACAAGUGAAGGACGUACCACUGCCUACGAUCCUAUAUUGCCUGUUUACCAAUAUGAUAGUGAUUCUGUGACUCGCGAAUCACCUCCUCCAUACAGUAGAUAG